AUGCGCCCUAGCUUGUGCGCCUUGCCACGGGCUACCACCCUCCGUGCUUCCGUCGCUGGUCGCCGCUUCUACGCCAUCCAGGCUCCGGGAGCUCCCCGCUUCCAGGUCUUCAACCGGCGGACCAAAUGGCUUCAGAAGGAACGCAUUGCGACCAAUCCCGAGCUGAGUCGCCAGGCCGACUACCUGAAAGACGAGGUUGCCAUGCGACUCUCCGAGCGACUCCUGGAUAUCAACCGUCAUUUCCCUCGAGUCCUCGACCUCGGUGCCAAUUCGUGUAACAUAGCGCGAGCUCUCGUGAGGGACAACCCUGAUCCCGACCCAGUAAUGCCCGUCUCCCCGCCGCUGUCCAAGCGAAUCACCGAAUUGGUCGCUGCAGACUCGUCUCAGUCCCUACUAUAUCGAGAUAUCGAUGAUGAGUUCAACAAGCAACUCAAUAUCACUCGACAAGUCUUGGACGAUGAAGAGUCAAUCCCCUACGAAGCUGGCUCUUUCGAUCUAGUCAUGAGCUCUCUGAGUCUCCAUUGGAUCAACGAUCUCCCAGGCAUUCUAACCCAGAUCAAUAACAUCCUGAAGCCAGAUUGUCCAUUUAUCGGUGCUAUGCUUGGGGGCGAUACGUUGUUCGAACUACGGACUUCGCUUCAGCUGGCGGAGCAGGAGAGGCGCGGCGGCAUGUCUCCACGAGUCUCUCCUUUGGCAGACGUAAGAGAUGUUGGUGGCCUGCUUCAGAAAGCCGGUUUCAAAAUGCUCACAGUAGACAUUGAUGACAUCAUUGUUGAUUACCCAGACAUGUUUGCUCUCAUGCAAGACCUUCAAGCCAUGGGGGAGGGAAAUGCUAUCCUGGGUAGAGAGAUGGGCGCUAUCGGGCGGGAUGUGCUCCUCGCCGGCGAUGCCAUCUAUCGAGAGCUCCAUGGUAAUCCCGAUGGAUCCAUCCCUGCAACCUUCAGAAUCAUAUACAUGAUCGGAUGGCAUGAGAGCAAGGACCAGCCGUCACCGCUCCCCAGGGGAAGCGGUGAGGUCAACUUGAAGGAUUUCUUGGAGCAAAAAUAA